GUUAAAUCUGUCUUGGAGAAGUUAACGUGGGGGAGCUUUGGUAUUUUUGAGAUGUGGCUAGCUGGCUUCUGACAGUGGCGAACAAUUUUGAACACAACACGAAACUGUUGGAAAACCAUUAGAUUUUGCGCUACAAAUCACUUUUAUAAAAGUAUCAUUAUUUGUUAUUUAGGGGUCAAAGGCAGUGCGUAAUUCGUUUACAUACUACAUGAUCUGCUGUACAAUGUUUACUGUGUAACCACAAGUAGAUGGAGUCCUGCGGUGGUGCACAUCCCUGAGUGUAUCAGGUAUGUUUACUUGAGGACGUGCAGACGUCAAAGCGCACACAACGUAUCCCGGCAUGCAGCAGGAGGCCGUGGAGCGAUCCUGCAGCUGGUAGUGAGUUGCGAGAGCGCCGAGGAGGCAGCAGCAAACGGGCAACAUAGCUCACACGUUUCCCUACUCCAUGUGAGAUAAGCCGAGCCGUUACCUUACAGGCGACAGAAAAUAUGCUGUACGGACGCCUGACGUGUUCCCGAAGCGGCUUUUGAGUCAUCAUUGUCACCCAGUUUUCAUUUUGGAGGAUUCCUCCCUCCAUCCUCCGGAUCGCACCGAACAGGCAAUGACAACGGUCUCAGCAACCCCGCAGCAGAUGAGGGAACGGCUGCUGCAGGCCAUCGACAGUCAGAGCAAUAUAUGCAAUAUGGUGGUCGUACUGGAAGUAAUUGCCUGCCUUGAAAAGUAUCCUAUCACCAAAGAAGCACUUGAGGAAACUCGACUAGGAAAGUUGAUCAAUGAUGUGAGGAAGAAGACGAAGGAUGAAGACCUGGCUAAACGAGCUAAGAAACUCUUGAGGAACUGGCAAAAGCUGAUUGAACCUGGGCCAGCUGUGGCUGCAAGUGUUCCUGGCUCUACCAAUGGCAGUUCUCAUCCCUGCAGAACCGAUGCCUCUCCUUCUGACAUUUCUGUGCCAGGGAAAGGUGUCCCUGAGGUCAAAAUCAGGAAUGACGUUCACAACACGUACUCACCAAAAGCUGAGAAAUCAAGCAGCCGCAAGCGGCGGGCAGAGCACAGAGACAGUGGAGUGUACUUGCAAGAAAAAAUCUCCAAAAUGUCCCCAUAUGAUAACUCUGUUUCAACGCCACCCACCAAUGGGAUUGCAGGCAGUCCGGAUGCUCUCCCUGACCAGGAGGUUGUCCCGUCUCCUGACAGAUCUCGAGUUGAGCACCUUGAUAAUGAUAAAAUGAACAGAAUUCCUGUUAAUGCUGUCAAGCCUCGCCCCAGCUCUCCCGGGGUGGCCAAACUACCCAGCACUUCCUCUUUGAUUAAAGUUGCUGUGAUGCAGCAACAGGCCAGAUUGGAUGAAGGAGGCGGGGGCUAUUAUCAAGCCAGAAGUCCUCGUGGUCUCACUACCAGCCCAAGGAGUACGAAGCAAGAUACAAUGACCAAGCGCUCUUCAGCAUAUGCACCAAAAGGAACGCCGGUCCCAAGCCCUUCCUCCAGGGACUCUCCCUUAUCUUUUUCCCACACUGUGUCGUCCCCGGCCUCAUCUUAUGCUGACAAGCUGCCACAUUCUUCUAAUAGGUCUUCAAUGCACUGGGCCAGCAGUUCAGAAGCCUCCUCUCUUUGCCCAUCACAAGACAUAUCUGCAACACUGGAAUCCCCAUCAGUCUCCCUCUCACCUUCUCUCUCCCAGCAGAACUCAGAACCACACAGACAGAUUUCUGAGGGAGCUAUGGUUGUGUCUGAUGACGCAGAUGGGCCAACCGUACCAAAUUCGGAACAUAAAAGGAGGAAGUACAGGUCUAGAGAUUACUCUGUCAACUUAGAUGGCCAGAAAAUGGAGGACACCACUAAACCCGUUCGGUUAAAAGAACGCAGAUUAACGUUUGACCCGGUCACAGGUCAGAUUAAACCUCUGGUGCAUAAAGAACCUUCUCAAACAGAUGAAGCACCCACUCCUGACCUCGCUGAGUCUAGGCAGAGAACUGAAAGCACUGUACAACAGUGCGCUGCCACUGCCACAGUCCCAGGUCCUAGCCCUAACCCCUUCCACCACACAAACUGGAAGGAGCUGUCUAGAAAUGAAAUCAUCCAGUCCUACUUGAACCUUCAGAGCAAUGUCCUUAACUCCUCGGGGGUUCAGGCCCCUAGUGCACACUUUUUCAUGUCGGAAUAUCUGAAAAGGGAAGAACAGGAAAUUAAGGAGUCGCGGAAGAUGCACGUUCUCCAAACGGACAAUUUGACAGGGGAUUUACCGGGCGUGAGCCGGGACGUGACAGAUGAGGACUUGGACAGGAUACACACACAGCACUGGCAGGGGGUGAAUGGCGUUUGUGACACCAAGGGCACCUGGUACGAUUGGACAGAUUGCAUAUCACUGGACCCUCACGGGGAUGAAAGCAAAUUGAACAUCCUGCCAUACGUUUGCCUAGACUGAAGGGGUACGGGAAGGUUGCAGUACUUUUCCACUCCUUUCCUCAUCUCACCACAGAGACGAGAUACUUUGUGAUUUAAUUUUUUUUUUAUUUUUUUUUUUGUUCACUGUGAGUUUGGCAAAAAUCAGGCCUGCCAAACUCCACUCCCCCACGCCUCUUCCUCUUUCUGUGAUAAUCUAUUAAGAUUUUGGUAUAAAAGAAGUGUAAAGA